UUAAUAUAUUACAUUUUAUGACUUAUCACAUAACAUGUAAUAACAGACUAUAAUUUUUCAGUAUUUUUAUUUCAAUUAUUAUUUAUUAAAUAUUUCCCCAACUUAAAAAUCCCAAAUUAUGAUAAUGAUAUAUUGGAAAUGACUAUUAAUACACAAAUAUAGUAGUUAACUUCAAGAUAGCUUAAUAUAGUGAUAAUACUGUAUACAGUAAUUAAAAUUGUAUAUUUAUGAAUUCGAAUUAUUACCCAGAUCAUAUAUAAUAAAAUGGGUAAUUUAUAUAUAAUUUCGUAAAUGAGUUUUAUUUAACACUGUCACUUGGUUAUUUACUGUACGUGUUGGUUUGCAUUAAAUUAUUGUAGGUAAUGAUCGUUUUAUACCAGAUCGGCAAUCUUGUUUGUUACAUUCAGCAAGUUACUAUCUCGAUCAAGAAUGGAUAUCAUCUGAAUAUGAUGAUUUUUUUUAUGAAACGGUUUGUCAUAUAGUACAAUAAUAAAUGUGACAUUCAGGCUAGUUUUCCUAAAAAUAAGGUGUAUGAUAUAAUGAAUUUUUUAUAAGUAGGAUAACUAACAUAGCUACGCAUUCUAAAACACUUUUUAGUUUUAUAAUUAUGUAUACAAAUAUUAAAAAAAUAUUUCUCUUAUUUAAAUAAUAAUAACAAAUUUAGAAUCAAACCUUUAAUAUAUGUUUACUACAAAAAUCAAAAGAAAAUUUCAAAACACUAAUACUCUAAAUUUGGAAAAAUAAUGUAUUCAAACAAAUUAUCUAUUUUUGAUGUUCAAAAAUAAAAAAUUUGAUAUUUAAAAUUUUAAAAUCAAAAGGUAUAUCUGACUAUGUUAUAUAACUGUUGGGAGAAGAAAAGCAAAAGCAGUUUUUUGUCAAAUGCUUAAAAAUAAAAAUAAAAUAAAUCCUUAUGAAUAUGAGUGUCAACGGGAAAGACAACGUCAAGCAUUCAAACAACUUCAAUCAAUUAUUUCAUUAGCAAACAAUGGUGGGUAUCUAUUCCCAGCAUAUUAUUCAAAAUACAAACAUAACAAAAAUAGUUAUAAUAAUGAUAGUAAUAAUCAAGAAGAACACAUGACAUGGCCUAUACGCAUGGUGAAGUACAAAAAAAUAAAACGACAAAAAAAUAACAUAACUAUACCCGCUGCUGAUCAAAUGUUAGAUAUGCCAAAUUUAUCUGAUGAUUGGAUGAACAAAAUUUUAGAUUGGAGUGCAACAGGAUAUUUAACUGCUGCAAUUCAAUCCACUAUAUAUUUGUGGUCUUCAAAAACUCAGCGUAUUCAGUAUAAAAUAAAUGCUGAUACUGGAUUAUUUCAUUCAGAAAUUAAUGUAAAUUGCUUAAAAUGGGAUAAAAAAGGUUUAAAGUUAGCUUAUUCUAUUUGUGUCAAUGAAGAAUUAAGUGUUUACUCUGACUUAAGUAUGAAUAGUUCAUUUGUGCUUAAUAAUACAUUAAAUAGCACAAAUGUUACUGAAGAUCGUUUUGAAAAUUUUGAUAACGUACCUUAUGAAGAUGUUGAUCAUAGUUUAAUAAAUAAUGAUGGGUCUCCAUCUCUUAAUUACAGUACUGUGUUUAAUGAAGAAAGAUUUGAUCCAAUAACCAAUGAAAGCAUGAGUAGUUAUACUUUGGAACAAAAUGAUUUGGUUAAUCAUGAGACGUCACUGAAUUUUGGGAAAAAAACCAAUUGUAUUAAGGUUUGGAUAUUAAAUGAAGAUAUUAAUGCUGAACAAUUACAAGACCUAACAAAUUUUUGUGGUUGUAUUCAUUAUAUUAAAAAUUGGAAUAAUAGCUGUAAUAUCAUAACCAUGGAGUGGUUGGCUGAUGGGCAUAUUUUGAUUACAGGCUGUUCAAAGGCUACAAUAACAUUUUAUCGAUAUAAUAAUGAAUCACACAAAUUGAAUCUAAUUCGUGUAAUACACAGUUACAAAAAAUUUCAACUCAUAAGCAGUAUGCAUUUAUCACAAGAUUCAGGCAGUCGACAUUUAGCUGUAGCUUAUCAUUGCAAAUAUCAAUGUAAAUUAAAAUUAUGGUGUGUUGAAAAAAUACCAAAACAAUAUCAUGUGAAUAAAAAAGUCAUAGGUCAAAAAAUAUUUACUGAUCGUCACUAUAAUUUAAAUUUAUCUGAAGUUUUAACUGAUAUUUAUAAUAGUAAAGAAGAAAAUAAAGGAAGUUGGAUAAUUAAAGCUCUUGCUUGGCAUCCAUGGAAAAUUUCUUUAGUGUGUUAUGCAGUUACACCAGUAAAGAAUUAUGAAUUAGUUACUAAUCCACUGAAAUCAUGGAUCGUUUUGGCCAAUGCUUGUCGGGGUCAAGUAUUAAGUCGUGUGCAACAAACUAGUUGUUAUUCUUGCCCAACUAUUAAAAUAUUAUCUGUUGACACACAUUGUAUGACAUUUAGUCGUUUAACUGGAGAACUCUUAGUUUCAGCAUCUACAGUGUAUUGUCAAUCACGUAAACAUUCUAAUAUCAACAAAAGUGUUAUAAUAGUGAAGCAUGAAGUUGUUGUUAUGCACAGUUUAGUGUGUAUAGUUGACACUCUUUAUAGCAGUUACUCGGGAAAAGGACUAUUCACUGUAUGGAGUCCUGAUGGUUAUCGUUUAGCUGUUGCAAGUACAGACGAAUCAUUAAGAAUAUGGAAUUUCCAUCCAAAACUUUUAUUGAAUUUAGACAAAUCAAAUAGUACAACAUACCCAGAUUUCGAUAAACACCUAAAAGAAGAAAAUAAAACAAAACAAAGUUAUACCUUAAAAUAUUGUCGUCAUAUUAAUGAUACAAUGAUGUCUAAACUCUCUUUUCAUGCGUCACGUGUAAUUAAAUAAUAACUACUAUUUUAAAUAAUUUUAAUGUAUAAUUCAAAUUGAUUUCAUAAAUAUUUUAGGUGUAUUUUUCUAUUUAAGUAAAUAAAAUUAUUGAAUAGUUUAAAACAUUUAUGUACAAAUAUAAUAGGUUACUUAAUCUCUUAUCUUUUUCCUGUAUUUUUUUUUUUUAAUUCUAAUUUAUCAUAUUUUAUAUAACGGUAUUUAAAUAAU